UUCUAAUUUCGCCAUACGAUCGCGUUCCAAAUCCUGCUGACUUCGUCGCGGAUGCAACAUCUCUCUUCAUCUUCUAUCCACCCAACAAACACUACUUGUCAUUAAUUGGACCAUCUUGUUCUUUCACCGCCAACCUGCACUUUUAGUUUCGAGCUGGUUCUUCCAUCAACAUCGUUCGCGACGUUCCUGAUCAAAAAGGAAACGGGGAAAAGAAAUAUGUAGAACUCCGAAAAGGAUAUUCUAAGAGCAGCCACAGACGUGGAUUACAAGCAAUAUAAACGCAGCUGGUUCGCGCGUUCUAUUACUAGUUUAGUUGUUGAUCGGUCUCCAGGUUGAGGAAAAGAAUUUCUCCACAACUCCGGUCUCCUUUUCUAUACCCAUAAUAUAUAUAUAGUGCCAUCGGUGGGCCGCGGAACUGGAGAAAGCUCUUUCACGCUAUCUCUAGCUAUCAGCUCUUCCUCAACUCUCCCAUACCUUCCUCUCGGUGCUCUAUUAGCCGACCUCUAGUUUCUAGCGAUGAAGGAGAUGGUGGUGCUCUAUCCGGCGAUGGGCAUGGGCCACCUGACGCCCAUGGUGGAGUUGGCCAAGCUCUUCCUCCGAGACGGCCUCGCCGUCACCGUCCUCGUCGUCGACCCUCCCUUCAAGCAAGGCUCCUCCGCCCCCUUCAUCGCUGCCACCUCCGCCGCCCACCCCUCCCUCUUCUUCCACCAGGUCCCUGCCGCCUCCCUCCAACCCGAAUCUUCUCCGUCUUCCAACCCCGUCACUCCCAUGUCCCUCAUGCUCGACACCCUCCGCGAAGCUACCGCCCAACUCCACCUCCUCAUCAAAUCUCUCUCCGAGAGCUCCACCGUCCGCGCCCUCGUCGUGGACUUCUUCUGCACCGACGCCCUCGAAGUCGCCACCGCGCUUGGCCUUCCCUGCUACCUAUUCUUCCCCUCCGCCGCCACCAGCCUCGCUGUCGAACUAUAUCUACCGACCCUCCACUCCACCACUUCUACCAGCUUCAAAGACCUAGGCGACGCCCCCGUCCACUUCCCCGGCCUCCACCCGAUCCCGGCAUCAGAUAUGCCGGGUCCCCUACAAGACCGCAACGACGACGGCUACAAAGCCCUGCUCGUCCACUUGCAGCGCUUCCCGAGAUUCGACGGGAUUCUGGUCAACAGCUUCGAGUCGUUGGAACCUCGGGCGGUGAAAGCCCUGAAAGACGGUAUCUGUCUUCCCGACCGUCCGAUGCCUCCCACCUACUGCAUCGGGCCGUUGAUUGCCGAAGGGAAACCAUCAGAAAAGCACGAGUGCAUCACGUGGCUUGACUCGCAGCCGAAGGCCAGCGUCGUGUUCUUGUGCUUCGGGAGCAUGGGCUCCUUUCCCGCGGAGCAGCUCAAGGAAACGGCCACCGGAUUAGAGAGAAGCGGACAGAGGUUUCUGUGGGUGGUGCGGGCCCCACGCAACGGAGACCAGACGGCCAAGUUUCCCGGGCCACGGCUCGAACCGGAUCUGGAGGCGAUUUUGCCCGUGGGCUUUCUGGAACGGACCAAGGACAGGGGUCUGGUGGUGAAGUCGUGGGCCCCGCAGGUGGAAGUGCUGGCCCACGAGGCGGUGGGGGCGUUCGUGACCCACUGCGGGUGGAACUCGACGCUGGAGGGGGUGUGCGCGGGGGUGCCGUUGAUCGGGUGGCCUCUCUACGCGGAGCAGAGGAUGAAUAAAGUGAUGUUGGUGCAGGAUAUAGGCCUGGCGGUUGCGGUGGAGGGAUACGAUAGGGAGUUGGUUGGAGCUGAGGAGGUGGAGGCGAAGGUGAGGUGGGUGAUGGAGUCGGAAGGAGGGAACAAGUUGAGGAAGCGAGCGGCGGUGAUGGCAGAGAAGGCCAAGGAGGCGUGGAAAGAUGGAGGGUCGUCCAAGGCGGCGUGGGUGGAGGUGGUGAAGGUUAUCAAGAACGGUGGCAACGGAGUACGCGGAUGACUGGAUUUUUGUGCUUAAUAUUUUAACAGUUUUUAAUGUUUUUUUUUUUGAAGAAAGCUUGUUAUGUCUCUGGUUAAAUGGUCAAACCUAUUCAGAUAUAGUUUGAAAUUUGUGCAUCAAGCUAUUAUCCAUAUUCAUCUCCAGGCCCAUCAAAAAAAUAAAUAUAAAUAUGGAUAGGUAACCGUCUGAUUUGUAUCAGAAUAUUUUAUUUUAUUUGUACUUCAAUAGAAACUAAAUAUUAAACUAAAUUUGAAUCCAAA